GACAAGCUGGAUUUAAUCUCACUCCUGUUUUUCAUUUAGCAGUUUUCUGUGGAUUGUAAAGGUGAGCGGGUACAAUGGAAGAGGAGUUGUGCUAUUCAACAGUGAGCUUCAAGUCUUUUGACAAUGACAAAUCUGCAGUGCCAGAGUAUGUUGAAUCUGCAUUGUAUGCAGAGGUGAAAGGAGGAAUAUCAGCUUCAAAGAACCUUCCUGAAAUCACAGCUCCAGAAUGUUCAGGUUUACCAGCAUGUGAUUGCAUUGAUGCAUCUGAAGAAAAAAGCAUGAAGAGCUCAAUCUCUCCAGCGUACAGACGAGCUGCAGUGAUUCUGGGUCUGCUCUGUUUCCUCCUUUUUGCUGUGUUAACGGCGCUCAGCAUUUUCAGCUACAUUUACAGGUCGAAAUACAACAAUAUUCAGGCCCAAUUCACUAAAGAGAGAGACGCCAACCUGCUGUUACAGGCAGAAAAGGAAAUGCUGGAGCAAGACAGAGCGAGGCUGAAAACACUGAGUGAACAGAUGAACAGCACACUGGAUGCCAUUCUUCAGAAAAGCAGCUUUUCACCACAACAGUACUGUCAUUCCAGAGAGGAGGGGCUCCAGUGUUCAUCCUGUCCUCAAAACUGGAUUCAGAAUGGCUCCAGCUGUUACUUUUUCUCUACAGGAGAUGACUGGAAAACCUGGGAACAGAGUCAGGAAUAUUGCUUGAUGUAUGGAGGUCAGCUGACCGACAUCGACAGCGUUGAGGAACAGGCAUUCAUCAAUCAGCACAUCAAAUAUUAUUAUGACAAAUAUCACGGCUACUGGAUUGGCCUCUCAGAAAAGAAAAACAAAUGGAUUUGGACAACUGGUGCCAUCCUUAAUAUGACGUUUUGGAUUGAAAUUCCCUAUCAGGGUUACAAGUACUGUGUUCUCUCAAUGCCCAGCGAUAAUCCAAUGAAAAGCUGGACGUCAAAUUCCUGUAGCAUGAAAAGCAAAUGGAUCUGUGAAGUAGAAGCAUUUCCAUGGCCAAGCUUUCUUAAAAUCCACCAAAACCUAAGUGAUCCCUUAAAAUGAGAACCGAAAUGCCUGGGCAGAGGACAUUUCGUUUGUACUUUCUAGUUCAAAGGACUUGCUUAGUGGAUGGAUUGAUAGAUGCACCUAUCUGAAAAUGUGUUUGUACUUCAUUGUUCAGGAGUCUGAUGAUGUUAUCCACUGUGAAAUAUAGUUUUGGGUAAAUCUGAUGGCAAUAUCUGCUCUCAAUCUUCUGUUAUUAGCUCCAGAGCAAGUAGAUUUGCCUGCAAAGUUGAAGUUUUUACAGCUUUUAAACAUGACUCAGUGUGAAAGUUUUAUUAUCGUCGUUCUUUUGAUAGUAAUAUAUAUUUAUA